UAGAGGAACUCAGCUGGAGAAGCCUCUGCUACUCCCAACUGAUCCUCUUUGCUUCCCUAAAAAUACGCACCCAGAACACCCAAAAAAAGGGAAGUUCACUCUUCCAUCAGAAGAUGCAGAAGCCUUCGUGAUACGAGCAAUUCCACAAAGUCGUCUUCUUGACAUUUCUGAGGGUUUUUGGAAGAAAUUUUGAUGAAGUUGUCUCCCAGGCAUUUAAAUAUCCAGAGGAACUGCUGAGAUGUUCCGACAAGCCUUUUUUUCCACUCUUCUUUGUAUGGCACUAGUUCCUCUCCACGCUCAGUUUGAGGAGGAUGUUGGAGACUUCAGUCCUACCUCCUGUGCAGAAAAGAGGGACUGCCCCAUCAAUGUGUACUUCAUCAUUGACACUUCGGAGAGCGUUGCUCUGCAGACUGUGCCUAUCCAGAGCCUUGUGGAUCAAAUAAAGCGGUUCAUCCCUGUGUUUAUCGAUAAACUGGAGAAUGAGGUCUACCAGAACCAAGUGUCCAUCACUUGGAGGUUUGGAGGACUUCACUACUCAGAUGUGGUGGAAAUUUACAGCCCUUUAACAAGCAGCAAAGACACAUACCUCAGCAAGCUGUAUGCUAUUAAUUACCUUGGCCGGGGCACCUUCACAGACUGUGCUAUCUCCAACAUGACAGAGCAGAUCCAGAGCCAGAUGGCCCCUGGUGUGAACUUUGCAGUGGUCAUCACAGAUGGCCAUGUAACUGGCAGUCCCUGCGGGGGAAUGAAGAUGCAAGCUGAGAGGGCACGAGACAUGGGGAUCAAGCUCUUUGCAGUGGCCCCCAGUGAGAAUGUCUAUGAGCAGGGACUGCGGGAGAUUGCCAACCUGCCACAUGAGCUUUAUCGCAACAACUAUGCCAUCACGCAGAAAGACACCCUUGACGUCGAUGUGAACACUACAGAGAGGAUAAUCCAAGUCAUGAAACACGAAGCCUACGGAGAGUGCUACAAGAUGACCUGCCUGGAAAUUGCAGGUCCACCUGGUCCCAAGGGGUACCGAGGGCAGAAGGGUGCGAAAGGGAACAUGGGUGAACCAGGCUCUCCUGGACUGAAGGGACGACAGGGUGACCCAGGUAUUGAAGGUCCAAUUGGAUACCCUGGCCCCAAGGGUGUUCCAGGACUGAAAGGAGAAAAGGGCGAGAUUGGAUCUGAUGGACGAAGGGGUGCUGCUGGCGUGGCAGGCCGGAACGGCACUGAUGGACAGAAGGGCAAGCUGGGGAGAAUUGGACCACCAGGCUGUAAGGGAGAUCCUGGUGACAAGGGCCCUGACGGCUACCCAGGAGAUGCAGGAGACCAAGGACAAAGGGGAGAUGAAGGUGCAAAGGGAGAUCCCGGCCGGCCUGGUCGCAGUGGACCUCCAGGACCUCCAGGGGAAAAAGGGAGCCCGGGUCUUCCAGGCAAUGCUGGAGCUCAAGGACCUCCUGGGAGCAAGGGAGGAAGAGGUGAACCAGGACCUCCUGGACCCAAAGGAGAGCCUGGUCGACGUGGAGAUCCAGGGACGAAAGGCAGUAAAGGGAGCCCUGGGGCCAAGGGUGAAAGGGGAGAUCCUGGUCCAGAGGGUCCUCGUGGCCUGCCCGGAGAGGUUGGAAGCAAAGGAGCAAGGGGAGACCAAGGACUGCCGGGACCUCGAGGCCCUUCGGGUGCUGUGGGAGAGCCAGGCAAUAUAGGAUCACGUGGGGAUCCUGGUGACUUGGGCCCAAGAGGUGAUGCAGGACCACCAGGACCAAAGGGUGACAGAGGCAGACCUGGUUUUAGCUAUCCAGGCCCCAGAGGACUGCAGGGUGACAAGGGUGAGAAGGGGCAGCUGGGACCAAAGGGAGGAAGAGGUGAGCUUGGACCAAAAGGAGUGCAAGGCACAAAAGGAGAGAAAGGGGAACCUGGUGAUCCUGGCCCAGGAGGUGAGCCUGGACCCCGAGGCCCACCUGGUGAACCAGGCCCUGAGGGAAUUCCCGGCCCACCAGGAGAUCCUGGCCUAACUGACUGUGAUGUGAUGACCUAUGUGAGAGAAACAUGUGGAUGCUGUGACUGUGAGAAGCGCUGUGGUGCCCUGGAUAUUAUGUUUGUCAUAGACAGCUCGGAGAGUAUUGGCUACACCAACUUCACCCUGGAGAAAAAUUUCGUUGUCAAUGUGGUCAGCCGGCUGGGCUCUAUCGCCAAGGACCCCAAGUCAGAAACAGGUGCCCGAGUCGGAGUGGUGCAGUACAGUCAUGACGGGACCUUUGAAGCAAUCAAACUUGAUGAUGAACGCAUAGAUUCACUGUCGAGCUUCAAGGAAGCAGUGAAGCGUCUGGAGUGGAUUGCUGGGGGCACCUGGACACCAUCUGCUCUUCAAUUUGCCUACAACAAGCUCAUCAAGGAAAGCAGGCGAGAGAAAGCCCAAGUGUUUGCUGUGGUGAUAACAGAUGGGCGCUAUGACCCUCGGGAUGAUGACCAGAACCUAAGGGCUCUUUGUGGUAGAGAUGUGCUCGUCAACACCAUUGGCAUUGGGGACAUGUUUGAUCAGCCAGAACAGAGUGAGACCCUGGUCUCCAUUGCUUGCAAUGAACCCCAGCGAGUCCAGAAGAUGAGGCUCUUCUCAGACCUGGUGGCGGAGGAAUUCAUUGACAAGAUGGAGGAUGUGCUCUGCCCAGAUCCACAGAUCGUCUGCCCCGAGCUGCCCUGUCAAACAGAGCUUGCAGUGGCCCAGUGCACACAGCGCCCCGUUGAUGUUGUCUUCUUGCUCGAUGGCUCUGAGAGGAUUGGGGAGCAGAAUUUCCGGAAGGCCCACCACUUUGUGGAGGAGGUAGCCCGACAGCUCACACUGGCCAGAAGCGACAAUGACAACAUGAAUGCUCGGAUUGCCCUUAUGCAGUAUGGCAGUGAGAAAGAGCAGGAUGUGGUCUUCCCACUGACGUACAACCUGACUGAAAUCUCCAAUGCCCUGGCGCAGAUCAAGUAUCUGGAUUCAUCCUCCAACAUUGGGUCAGCUAUCAUUCAUGCCAUCAAUAACAUUGUGCGCAGCCCUGGGGAUACGCAACGAGUCGCCCGGCGCAAUGCUGAGCUCUCCUUUGUCUUCAUCACUGAUGGCAUCACAGGAAGCCAGAACCUUGAGGAGGCCAUUGACUCCAUGAAGAAGCAGGAUGUCAUGCCCACAGUAGUGGCUCUUGGGAGUGACGUAGACAUGGAUGUCUUGCUAAAGCUUGGCCUUGGGGACCGGGCAGCCAUCUUCCGGGAGAAGGACUAUACCAGCCUCUCCCAGCCCGGCUUCUUUGACAGGUUCAUUAGAUGGAUAUGUUAAUUGAAGGGAGUGCACAUGUUCUCUUCUCACCAGUAUACACACCCUAGAUAUUACUUGUUUUAUUUUCUUCCCUUUCUAUGGUUGUUAGCAACUCUGAGCUGACCCAGAACAGUUUGUACACAGCUGCCCUCUGGGUUCUCCUUUCUAGCCAAAAUUCAGAGCUCUUAUUUGAUUUUUCAUGAUGAAGUCAUGUAUCUUACAUUUAUGGUGCUAAUUAAAACCAAAGUCAAAGCAGGAUACAGAGCCAUACGAAGUACUUCUGUAAUGCUUUACACAUGCCAAGCCAUUUCUUUGUAUACGUACUGUAAUGUUGGGAGGGCUUACCAAAGAAACAGGAAACCUCUCUAGUUCAGUCGAACAAACGAUCAUCUCUAAUUUUCAGAAACUCUUGCUCUCCCUUGCCCUCCUUUGAGGAGUUUUAUGCUUGUGACAUCCCCAGUUCUUCAGCAAGCUCUUUUCCCAAUCCCUUCCUCAUCCUUUUUCUUCUCUCAGUACUUCUGGCCCCAGAGAGCACUCAG